UAACUUAAUUGGCAGUGUUUUGUUUCUAUUCUACGGAAGAGGCAGAGGUGAGCGGCUGGGAACAUGAGUGCUUAUUAGGAUACUGUAUACUAUUUUGGUAAAUCUUUUCUUAUUUAAAAAAGGGGGAUUAGGCCCGUCUGUCCUUGUUUGGACUGUGGCCACCAGCAUCUGUUCCAGGAGAGAGGUGAGUGUGCAUGGGUGAGGCAAGAGAAGCCCUUCUCUUAGGCAGGGCUCCGGCUCGCUGGGGUCAGCCACCCUGCCACCACCACUGCCAAAUUAAGCCGUAUUUGUGUGUAGAACUUUGUCUUUUUUUUUGAGACAGAGCUAUUGUCGCCCAGGCUGGAGUGCAAUGGGGCGAUCUCGGCCCACUGCAGACUCCCCUUCCCGGGUUCAAGCAAUUCUGCUUCAGCCUCCCAAGCAGCUGGGAUUACAGGCGCCCACCCCCAUGCCCGGCUAAUUUUUUGUAUUUUUAGUAGAGAUGGGGUUUCAUUAUGUUGGCCAGGCUGCUCUCGAACUUCCCACCUCAGGUAUCACCUGCCUCAGUGUCCGAAAGUGCUGGGAUUACAGGUGUGACCCACCACGCCCAGCUAGAACUUUUAAUAAAUAUAUAUCAUUAUUAAAUAGAUACUUAUUUAAAUAUAUAGUUAUUUAAUAACUAUAUAUAUAGAGAGAGGAGAUUUGAGAAAAUCCAGGAAUGCUUUUGUUUGUGUGUGGUAAAAAUAAAAUUUACCUUUUUAACCAUGUUUAAGUUCAGUAGUAAGUACACUCACGUUAUUGUAUCACCAGUCUACACAGUUCUUGUCAUCUUGCAAAACUGAAGCCCAGUAGAUAAUGCACAGCAAUUCCCCUUUUCUUCAUCACCCCAGCCCCUGGCAACCACCAUUCUAGUCUCUGUUUCUGAGUUUGACUACUCCAGGUACCUCCUGUAAGUGGAAACAUACAGUAUUUGUCUUUUUGUGAAUUAGCAUAAUGUUUUCAAUUUUUGCUGUGGUGUAGUAUAUGAUGGGAUUUCCUUUUUAAGACUGAAUGGUAUUCCAUCGUAUGUAUAUGCCACGUGUUAUCCAUUCAUUGGUUGGCGGACAGAUGCCUCCACCCCUUGGCUAUUAUGAAUAAUGUGUCGAUGAACAUGUGCGCAAAUAGUUUUGAGAUAGUUUUCCAUUCUUGUGCAUAUAUGCCCAGAAGUGGGACUCUUGGAUCAUAUAAUUCUAUUUUUAACUUUUUGAGGAAUCUCCGUACUGUUUACCAUAAUGGCUGUACCUUCCUGCCAGUGUUGCAUAAGGAUUCUGAUUUCUCUGCAUCCUUGCCAACACUUGUUGUUUUCUGUUUUGUUUUUUAUAGUGGCCAUCCGCACAGAUGUGAGGUGAUAUCUCAUUGUAAUUUUGAUGUGCAUGUCCCUGAUGAUUUGUUAUAUUGAAUCUUUUUAAAUGCUUGUUAGCCAUUUAUAUAUCUUCUUCAGAAAAAUAUCUAUUCAAGUCUUUUGCCCCCUGCCCCCAAAAAUAGAGACAGGGUCUUACUCUGUCACCCAGGCAGGAGUGCAGUGGUGCCAUCAUAGCUCACUAUAACUUUCAAUUCCCAGGCUCAAUCGAUCCUCCCACCUGAACCUCCCAAAUAGCUAGGACUGUAGGCAUGCACCACCAGGCCCACUGUGUGUGUGUAGCUAGGAGCCUAGCUUAUUUUUUGUAGAGACUGAAACUCAGGCUCAAAUGAUCUGCCUGCCUCAGCCUUCCAAAUUGUUGGGAUUACAGGCAUGAGCUACUGUGCUCGGGCAAGGUACACUUUUAAGGUCAUGGGAAAUGCCCAUGAAUUCCUUUUGCUACAGUCACAAGUGAGAGGACACUAUAAAAUAGUGUCAGAACACUAUGAAAUACAGUAUGAGUCAGAUUCUCCUAUUAUAUAUACUGUAUUUCAUUAAAUUUACUAAAUUGAUUUUUUUAAACUUUUUUUAUAUGCCACUAAGGAAAAAAAUCAAUUAAUUAUAAGACUCCACGGUCUCAACAGCUGUCAUUUGACUUCAAAUUCACAAAACAUGAAAAAGCCAUGUAUCUCAGAAUAAAUGAAUUCCAUUGUUUUAUACAUACGUAAACACACACAAAGUGCUUCUCUCUUGUGGUAUGACUUCAGGCCCUUUGAAUUUUCCUCUUUAUGCUUUUUUGUUUUUUGAGACUGAGUCUCAGUCUAUUGCCCAGGCUGGAGUGCAUGGCACUAUCUCAGCUCACUGCAACCUCCGCCUCCCAGGUUUAAGCAAUUCUGCCUCAGCUUCCCAAGUAGCUCGUAUUACAGGCAUGUGCCACCACAUCCGACUAAUUUUUGUAUUUUACUAGAGACAGGAUUUUACCAUGUUGGCCAGGCUGGUUUCAAACUCCUGACCUCAAGUGAUCUGCCUGCUUUGGCCUCCCAAAGUAUUGGGAUUACAGGUGUGAGCCACCAUGUCUGGCCUCCUCUUUAUGCUUUUAAAAACUGUUCUCUCUGGACUCUUCAACUAAUGAUGCUGGAAAAAUUGGAUAUCCACAUGCAAAAGAAUGAAGUUGGACCCUAACCUAUCGCCAUAUACAAAAAUUAUCUCAAAAUGGAUUCAAGACGGGCUGGGCGCAGUGGCUCAUGCCUGUAAUCCCAGCACUUUGGGAGGCUGAGGUGGGCAGAUCACAAGGUCAAGAGAUUGAGACCAUCCUGGCCGACAUGGUGAAACCCCGUCUCUACUAAAAAAAAUUCAAAAAUUAGUUGGGUGUGGUGGCGCACACCUGUAGUCCCAGCUACUCAGGAAGCUGAGGCAGGAGAAUUGCUUGAACCCAGGAGGUGGAGGUUGCAGUGAGCCGAGAUUGUGCCACUGCACUCCAGCCUGGUGACAAAAUAAGACUCGGUAAAAAAAAAAAAAAAAAAAAAAAAAGGAUUCAGGACAUAAACAUAAGACCUAUAACUAUAAAAAUCCUGAAAGAAAACAGUGGGAAAGGUCUUUGACAUUAGAUGUAGCAAUGGUUUUUCUGGAUAUGACACCAAAAGCAAGAAUAGACUAAUGGGACUACAUCAGACUUAAAAACUGCUCAGCAAAGGAAACAACUGAAUGAAUGGGAAAAAAUACUGCAAACCAGAUAUCUAAUAAGGGAUUAAUAUCCAAAAUAAAACUUAGACUCCUACCACUCAAAAAACAAUUCAAACAUGGGCAAAAGGCUGGGUAUGGUUGCUUAUGCCUGUAAUCCCAGGCUUCCCUUGGGAGGCCCAGAUGGGAGGAUCACUUGAGGCUGGUAGUUUGAAACUAGCCUGGGUAAUAAUGUGAGACCUCAUUUCUACAAAAAAGAAACUAAAACAAGUAAGGCAGGCAGGCAUAGCACCUAUAGUCCUAGCUACUUGGUAGGCUGAGGCAUGAGGAUCACUUGAGCCCAGGAAUUCAAGGUUGCAGUGAGCUGUAUGAUUGUGCUACUGUACCCUAGUCUGGCCAGCACAAGAAAAAAAAAAUAAAGUGUUAUCUUUUCAUCAGUUAUAAAAGGCGCUCAACUCUUGUGCAGGGGAAGCUGUGCAGUUGGGAGGGCAGAGAGUAUGUGGAAACUCUGUGCUCAGUUUUGCUGUGAAUCUAAAACUGCUCUGAAAAAUUAAGUCUGUGAAAAGAAAGAAAUGAAUUACCAAGUCAUGAAAACACACGAAAGAACCUGAAAUGUAUAGUACUAAGUGAACAUGCAUAUUAUUGAUAUGGUUUGAAUGUGUCCCCUAAAGUUCAUGGGUUGGAAACUCGAUCCCCAGUGUGGUGGUCUUGGAGAUGGGAACUAGUGGGAAGUGUUUGGGUCAUGGGGCCACCACCCUGAUAAAUGCAUUAAUGCCAUUCUCAAGGGAGUGGGUUCAUUAUGGAGCAAGUAGUUUUCUUAGAAAAGAAGUUUGCAGGGCACCCGACUUCCGCCUUCUGGUCCAGUUGUGGGCUGCGUCCCACCCCAGCCCGCGCCCCGCAUGGCUGCGUGCCGGCCGGACCUGUGGAGCUGGGCUUUGCCGAGUUGGCGCGGGCAUGGCGACUGCGCAGUGGGCAGUUCCCCACCAAGGUAGGCGGGCGGCCGGCGUGGCUGGGCGCGUCCGGGCUGCCGGGUCCCGGGGCCCUGGCCUGCGCGCAGUGCGGCCGCCCGCUCUCCUUCCUGCUGCAGGUGUAUGCGUCGCUACCCUGCCACGCCAACGCCUUCCACCGCGGCGUCUUCCUUUUCUGCUACCGCGAGCCGCCAUGCUGUGCCAGCCUGCGAGUUUUUAGGAAUCAGCUACCCAGGAAAAAUGAUUUUUAUUCAUAUGAGCCACCUUCUGAGAAUCCUCUCCCGGAAACCGAAUCAGUGUGUCUCCAACUUAAGUCUGGUGCGCAUCUAUGCAGGGUUUGUGGCUGCUUAGGCCCCAAAACAUGCUCCAGAUGCCACAAAGUGUACGACUGCAGCAAGGAGCAUCAGACCCUAGACUGGAGACUGGGACAUAAGCAGGCUUGCGCACGACCCGAUCAUUUGGACCAUAUAAUUCCAGACCACAACUUCCUUUUUCCAGAAUUUGAAAUUGUAAUAGAAACAGAAGAUGAAAUAUUGCCUGAGGUUGUGGAAAAGGAAGAUUACUCAGAGAUUAUAGGGAGCAUGGGUGAAGCACUUGAGGAAGAACUGGAUUCUAUGGCAAAACCUGAAUCCAGGGAAGAGAAAAUUUUUCAGAAGUUUAAAACUCAGAUAGCCCUUGAACCAGAACAGAUUCUCAGAUAUGGCAGAGGUAUUGCCCCCAUCUGGAUUUCUGGUGAAAAUAUUCCUCAAGAAAAGGAUAUUCCAGAUUGCCCCUGUGGUGCCAAGAGAAUAUUUGAAUUCUAGGUCAUUCCUCAGCUCCUAAACUACCUGAAGGCUGAAGGACUGGGCAAGAGCCUUGACUGGGGCAUCCUGGCUGUCUUCACCUGUGCUGAGAGCUGCAGCUUGAGUAUUGGCUAUACAGAAGAAUUUGUGUGGAAGCAGGAUGUAACAAAUACACCAUAAGGGCAUCUUAAAGCCUUCAGAUAUGUGAAUCAUCUUUACACCUUGCAAUUCCAUUUCUGGGACUUUAUCCUAAGGAAAUACUUAUACCAAAAAUAGAGGUGCAGAGAUGUUGAGACAUUGCUUACACAGUGUCUACAUAUUAGUGAAACAAAAGUGUCCAGUGACAGAGAAUUAAAUAAAUUUUGGUACAUCCACAAAAUAAAUAAAUUAAUUAAUUAAAUAAGUAAAAGAAGUUUGCAAAGACUGUACUUUCAAGGAUCAUUUCUAUAGUUCGUUACUAGAGAACACCAGAUGCCAGCUCCUCAAUCUUUGACUUCCCAGCCUCCAGUCCCAUGAGCCAAUACAUUUCUGUAUGUUAUAAAUUACCUAGUCUAUGGUAUUCUGUCUUAGC